AUGAAAGUAACCAGCACUCGAUUCCAGGAGUGGCUUCCGCUCAUGAGGAGUAUCAUCUACGACUCACGUUGUAAGGACUACGCGCAAGCACUCCAGAGGGACCUCGCUCGACAGAAGCGCUCUCAUUCGGAACAGAUGCGUCUACUGCACAUAGACUUGGACGAGUGCAGAAGUGAGUCUGAAAGACAAGAAAUCCGUGCCGACAUUGCUCGACUAAAACAGCAAUGGACUGGUAAACAUGAACGAGUCCUUGCAUGUGUGAGUCUCGGUUUUUUUUCAUGCGGACUUUAA